CCGACACCGGAGAUUAUCCUUUUACCGUCUCACUUUCUCGGUUUCGCUUUUUCGAUAAACCCCAAAUCACGUCAGAAUCUGGAAGGAAACAAGAAGAGCCGUUUAUGGUGUUGUAGGAGAACAAAAACUAAAGUUGUCAAGUUAGUUGUGGGUGAAGUAAUCUAAGUAGGUCUUCGAGCUCAACUAUGGAUGUGCUAGAAGGUCUGGUUAAAGAUAGUUCACUUAAAUGGUUGCUUGGCAAGCAAAGUUCUUUCGAUGAAGAUAUCGAUGAGAUUGAGAAUUCUCCAUCUGCUGGAUCCAGUUGGAUACCUGAGCUCUCUCCAGUAGCAAAUGUGGUUAUCCGAAGGUGUUCCAAGGUACUUGGUGUAUCAGUAAGCGAGCUACAAGAUAGUUUCAAACAAGAGGCGUCUGAAUCUGUAAAGCAGCCUUCAAUGUUUCCAAGAAACUUUCUAGAGUAUUGCUGUUUCAGGGCACUUGCACUCUCUGUGGGAGUAACUGGUCAUCUAAGUGAUAAAGACUUUCGGCGUUUAACUUUUGAUAUGAUGGUUGCUUGGGAGGUCCCUUCUGCUGCUAGCCAGGCAUUACUCAGUGUUGAUGAAGAUCCAACUGUUGGUUUAGAAGCCUUCUCCCGGAUUGCUCCAGCAGUUCCUAUAAUAGCUGAUGUGAUCAUAUGUGAGAAUCUGUUCGGGAUGUUGACUUCUGCCUCAAACAGUGUUCGGCUUCAGUUCUAUGUUUAUGACAAGUAUUUGUAUGGACUUGAAAGAGCAAUCAAGAAGAUGAAGAGCCAGUCCGAGUCAUCUUUGCUUUCUGGUGUUCGAUCAAAAGGAGAAAAGAUUCUCGAGGUCGACGGGACAGUUACUACCCAACCAGUUCUAGAGCAUAUUGGAAUAUCGGCAUGGCCAGGUCGCUUGAUUCUGACUGAUCAUUCGCUAUAUUUCGAGGCUAUAAAGGUUGUGUCUUUUGACACACCAAAGCGGUAUAGCCUAUCUGAAGAUCUGAAACAAGUCAUUAAACCAGAGUUAACUGGUCCUUGGGGAACUCGGCUUUUCGAUAAGGGUGUCUCUUACAAGUCUAUUUCACUACCAGAACCAGUAGUUAUGGAGUUCCCAGAGCUUAAGGGCCACACACGACGAGAUUACUGGCUCUCUAUAAUCCUAGAAGUGUUAUAUGUUCAUAGAUACAUAAAGAAGUUCAAGAUCAACACCGGUGUAGCGAAAGAUGAAGCUAUUUCAAAAGCUGUGCUCGGUAUCUUGCGUGUGCAAGCAAUUCAAGAACUCGGGUUAACUACCCCUGUACGUUACGAAAAUCUUCUCCCGUUCAAUCUCUGCGAUCAGCUUCCUGGUGGCGAUCGUAUUCUGGAGACGCUUGCAGAGAUGUCUAGUUGUAAAGUUCUGGAGCGGACAAACAAAGCCAAAGACACAGGGACGUUGCAGUCAAUGUCGGCAUCGGAUAUGGUUUCGCAAUUGGGUUUGGUUUUUGGAGCAACGAGUCCAAAGAGUAAUAGUAGUCUUGUGGUAGGUGAGGUGAUGGUUGGAGAUGUGAACCCAUUGGAGAAAGCGGUUAAGCAAUCAAGAAAGAACUACGAGAAAGUGGUUCUUGCUCAAGAGACUGUUAAUGGAGUCAAAGUCGAUGGAAUUGACACCAAUGCAGCAGUGAUGAAGGAACUACUACUUCCGGUUAUGGAAAUGGGGAAAUGGCUUUUGUCGUUAGCAUAUUGGGAUGAUCCAUUGAAGUCUUUUGUUUUCUGUCUCUUCUCUACUUUGAUAAUUUACAGGGGAUGGAUAGGCUUUGUUUGUGCGAUUGCGUCUCUCUUUUUAGCGGGUUUCAUACUUCUCACGAGAUGUUUCAGCAAUAGAGAGAAAGCAAUGAUCGAGCUGAAAGUUAUCACACCUCCUCCUAUGAACACAAUGGAACAGCUUUUAGCGGUCCAAAACGCGAUUUCGCAGCUCGAAGAGCUAAUCCAAGACGGAAACAUUGUUCUACUCAAGUUCCGAGCUUUAUUACUCUCUCUUUUCCCACAGGCGAGUGAAAAGUUUGCAGUUGCGGUUGUCAUUGCUGCGUUGAUGAUGGUAUUCAUGCCUUGUAACUACUUGGUUCUGGUGGUGUUCCUAGAGCUGUUCACCAGAUAUUCACCACCGCGUAGAGCAAGCACAGAGCGGCUAAUGCGGCGGCUUAAAGAGUGGUGGUUCAGCAUUCCGGCUGCUCCAGUGGUUCUCGAACAGAACAAAGACGAUAACAAGAAAACCAAGUAAAACAUUUGAAAACAAUGCCUCACCCCCCACGAGAGAACAAGUAAGCGGAGACACGAUUUGGUUCACAAGAGAAACUAGGUAAUGUGUAAACUGUUUAGUUAUAUGUAUGUUUGUAUAUUUGUAGUAGAAAUAUGUUUCGAUUACAGAGUACAUUUUUAUCAACCAGAACGGAAAAUGUAAACCUGAUAGAAACAUAGCUAACGUUCCGUGGUAAAAAACACAUUUAACUGAAAUAACAGCAGGAUACAAAAGUAAAAUCAUCUUACAAAAAAAUAUUGUUCUUUUUUUACCGGGGCACAAAAUUAAACAAACAUGUUUAUUCAUAAUAAUCACACAA